CGCUUUGUAACGCUCUCAUCUCAGUGAAAAAUUUUGGCUCUCAAUUCUCUCAUUUUUUUCACAAUCCUGCUCCGGUGCUCUCUCACUCACUUUCUCCUUUGGCGGUGGUCAAAAGGGAAGUUCCGGUCGUUGCAGGCCAUUACCCCUUAGUUUUUGGAUAGGAGCGAGGGAAAUGGAGUUGAACCUUUGACAUUGAUUCUUGAAUGGAGGGUCAGGGCUUCUUUUAGGUUAAUAUAAAUGAAAGGAGCUUCAACACAUAGGAGCUUUGGGAAUAUACAUAAGGCUGUAUUUAAGGGGACAAAGGAUUCAUAUUGGAUUUAUGAGUAUUUUGGUAAAUGGAGGUUCUUGAUCACUCUGAGAAGAUAGGUAUCCCUCUGCAAAAGUCAAGGAAAGAAUGAGGAGUUCAAAUUGGUUAUCUAUUUAACAAUAGCUCUGAUGUAUCUUGGAGCACAUGAGCAACGGAGCCUGUGGAGCACUACUUCAAGAGUUGCUCUUGUUAAUCGUGCACAUCAAAUAGUGUCACUUGCAUCAACAAAUGUCUAGUCGUUCUUCCCGAACCAUAUAUGUUGGUAACCUACCGCUAGAUGUCAAAGAGUGGGAGAUUGAAGACCUUUUCUACAAGUAUGGACGUAUUUUGGAUAUUGAAUUGAAGCUUCCUCCCCGCCCUCCUGGUUACUGUUUUGUGGAGUUUGAGGACCCUUUGGAUGCUGAAGACGCAAUCAAGGGCCGAGAUGGCUAUAAUUUUGAUGGGUGUCGUAUCCGGGUUGAACUUGCCCAUGGUGGUAGAGGGCAGUCUUCUCGACGUGGUUAUGGUGGCGGCGGCAGUGGUGGCAGUGGUAGAGGACGAUUUGGUGUUUCUCAUCGGUCUGAGUUUCGAGUUGUUGUUCGUGGACUGCCUUCUUCGGCUUCAUGGCAAGAUCUGAAGGAUCACAUGCGUAAGGCUGGAGAUGUAUGCUUUGCAGAAGUUUAUCGGGAUGGUGAUGGAGCCAUGGGUAUUGUGGACUACACCAAUUAUGAGGACAUGAAAUAUGCACUCAGGAAACUUGAUGAUUCUGAAUUUCGAAAUCCUUUUGCAAGGGCUUAUAUCAAGGUGAAAAGCUAUGAGGGUAGUCCACGUGGGGGUCAAAAUCGAAGUAGAAGUUGCAGUGGGAGUCCAAGAAGCAAUAGGAGGUCUGUGUCAAAAUCGAGGUCCCCUUCGCCUGCCAGAUUAUCCAGAUCGAGGUCAAGGUCCAACUGACUGCAGGAAAGUUGGCACGGUGGUAAACAUCUGCUGCAAGUUGCUGCUGGCUUUUAGUCUUAUAAACUUGGGGGGCAUUUAUGAAUGUUUUGGUGCAUAUGGUAGUCUAGUGAAGA